GGUCUCAAUGACCGCUUCGCCAUGUUCAUCGAUAAAGUGCGGCACCUGGAGCAGCAGAACAAGGUGCUGGAGAUGGAGCUGGUGACACUGAGGCAGAAACAGGGCGAGCCGUCGCGCGUCGCCCUCCUCUACCAGCAGGAGCUCAGCGACCUGCGCUCACAGGUGGAGGAGCUGAGCCGGGACAAGAACCGCAUCCUGAUCGAUAGGAACAACAUGGAGGAUGAGCUGCAGAAGCUCAGUGUGAAGUACGAGGAGGAGGUGAGGGCGCGGGACGAAGCUGAGCAGAACUUGAGGUCCUUCAGGAAGGACGUGGAUGACGCCACAGCCGUUCGCCUGGACCUGGAGCGCCGUCUGGAAUUGAUGAUGGAUGAAAUCAACUUCCUGAGGACUGUGCAUGACGAGGAAAUCCAGGAGCUGAGCACCAUGAUGGAGAAGCAGCAGGUCUCCGUGGAGCUCGAGCUCGCCAAUCCGGACCUCACCUCGGCUCUGAAGGAGAUCCGCAACCAGUACGAGUCUAUCGCCUCCAAGAACCUGCAGUCGGCCGAGGAAUGGUACAAGAGCAAGUUCGCCAGCCUCAGCGAGCAGGCCUCCAGGACCAACGAGGCCAUGAGGGCCAGCAGGGAGGAGGUCAGUGAGUUCAGGAGGCAGCUGCAGUCCAAGACCAUCGAGAUCGAGAGCCUGAGGGGCGCCAACGAGUCUCUGGAGAGGCAGAUCACAGAGAUGGAGGUGGGAAACAACGCUGAAGUCUCAGCCCUGCAG